CUCUCUCUUGUUUGUCUUACAAAGACUAUUUUUAAGCUCAGCCUCUGCGCUCGCUCUCUCCCCAUUUUCAUUCUCCGAUCGUCACUUUCUCUUCUGCAGAAUCCUCUCUCUCUCUCUCUCUCGUCGCCUGAGAAGCAGCAAGUCCGCCCGACGCCAUGGCCGACCAGCUCACCGACGACCAGAUCUCCGAGUUCAAGGAGGCUUUCAGCCUCUUCGACAAGGACGGGGACGGUUGCAUCACCACUAAGGAGCUCGGGACUGUUAUGAGGUCACUGGGGCAGAAUCCAACUGAGGCAGAGCUUCAGGACAUGAUCAAUGAGGUGGAUGCUGAUGGAAAUGGGACCAUUGAUUUUCCGGAGUUCCUUAACUUGAUGGCCCGGAAGAUGAAGGACACUGAUUCCGAGGAGGAGCUCAAGGAAGCCUUCCGCGUCUUCGAUAAGGACCAGAAUGGCUUCAUCUCUGCAGCUGAACUCCGCCACGUUAUGACAAACCUCGGUGAGAAACUGACUGACGAGGAGGUUGAUGAGAUGAUCCGUGAGGCUGAUGUGGACGGUGAUGGGCAGAUCAACUACGAGGAGUUUGUCAAAGUCAUGAUGGCCAAGUAAGGCUCCAUCUAUCUUCACCAACCACUUGAAUUACAAAAAAGAAAAUGUAAAAAACGGGGGAUCAAGGCAGAUAAGUUCGACAAGUUUUUCGCUUCACAUUUAGGACCUUGUCACUUUACUAUUCUAAUCUUCUGCUGGGUGCGUCUGUUUCCUUGUUUGUUUCUACCUGCGGUACUGCUUCUUUUCUAUCAACUCGUUUGUUUUGUUUGUUGUCUAGUUUUAGUCGGGCGAUUAGUUUCUCACUUGUUCAUUUGGGCAUUGCUUUCUCCCCUGGUUUGAUGAACCUAUGACGGUUGGCAGACUCUGAUGCUUUUAGUAUGUUGAUACGACUACCACUUUGCUGUUACAUGAUAUUUUCAGUUGGUGCAGCA